UUACCCCACACUCAACCUAUUUCAACCAGGUUCAGUUCUAUUGUCCCAUAAUAACCCUAACCCAACCCUUCUCAUAGGGUUUCACCAACAUGGAUCCUACUAAGAAACCCAACAAGAUCAGGGACAUAGUGAGGCUUCAACAGAUUCUUAAGAAAUGGAGAAGGGUUGCAAACUCUUCAAGAACAAGCAGCAACAGCAACAGCAACAACAACAACAACAACAACAGUAACACCAGCAGAAGCAUAAAAUUUCUGAAAAGAACACUUUCUCUGUCUGAACGUGAGGGAGGAGGAUCGAGCAGUGUUGUUCCCAAGGGCUACGUUGCUGUUUGUGUUGGCGUGGAGCUUAGCAGGUUCGUUAUACCAACCGAGUAUUUGGGUCACAAAGCCUUUCACAUGUUGCUCAGAGAAGCUGAGGAAGAGUUCGGGUUUGAACAAACCGGGGUUCUCAGAAUCCCUUGUGAAGUUUCCGUGUUCGAGAGUAUCUUGAAGAUAGUGGAGCGAAAGGACAGGUUUUUCACUCAGAAAUGCAGGUUUAGCAUUGAGAAAAUGAUGGGUUACUGUUCCUCCAACAACCUUGCUUAUUCUCAUCAACCUCAAAGUCCAAUGUGCAGAUAGUUUAGGAUUUUCACAAUUUUUAUACAUUUUUUUUUUGUUUUCUCUUUCUUUUGUUCUUUGUGGAAGCCGAGAGGGUUCCGAGAAAUUCAUCAGUUACAACUGAGAGAAGAGAACCCUCUAAGCAAAGAAUGCAACUUUUCAUUGUCCAAAUCAUGUAUGUCAGGCAAUUUUGGACUGGUGAUGAUAAGACAAAAAGCUUUCACAGAUGACAAAUCUGAGUACUACUUACUGAUUUUUUUAUUCUGGAA